AUGUUUUUCCCAUCUGUUUGCAUCUCGCGGACUACCACCCAAUUGAGGUUGGCUAUCUCGCAGGGCUAUCUUAGAAAAUUUGCGACCAAUGGUAGACUUAUGACUUCUACUAUUUCGGGAUCUCCUGAAGUUGCAGAACAACUGCCACCGGCAGCAGAGAGUGGCGAUAGCACUUCUGCCUCUAUAUUGUCCGUUGAUGAUUUAAAAGCAACCGGAAGGUUUGAUAAACACAUUAUUAAUGGAAUGAAAAAAUCAGGUUUCGAUACAUUAACUCCGGUACAACAAGAAACUAUCCUUCCCAUAUUAGACGAAAAAAAUGGUAUGGUUGUACGUGCUAAGACUGGUACGGGUAAAACUUUAGCAUUUGUUGUUCCCACUUUGCAGUCUGCUAUUGAAAGUGCUCCUAAGUCGUAUAAACACAUACGAAAAACCGAUUCCUUAAUAGUCGCUCCCACUAGAGAUUUGGCUAUGCAAAUACAGCAGGAGUAUUUUAAAGUUUUGAAAAGUUUCCCAAAGGACUACGCUAGAUCCAAAGUUAGUAUUGAACUUAUUAUAGGUGGAAAAUCUACAAAAGCAAACAAGCAAAAUCCUCCUUCGAUUGCGAUAGCCACACCUGGUAAGUUAGAAGCAAGGUUAAGAAAUCCCAACUUUGCAAGUAUGUUCGAAAACUUGAAUUACAGAAUAUAUGAUGAAGCUGAUAGAAUUUUAGAUCAAGGGUUUGCAGAAUCGUUGUCAAAUAUCGACAGAAGUUUGAAAAAUGCUAGAAAGAUUAGCGAGCCUAUGAAGUCUGUAUUAUUCAGCGCAACUGUCGAUGAAGGUGUCUCCCUGUUUGCUAAAAGUACCAUUGGAAAUAACUAUAAGUUUAUUGAUUGCGUGAAAGAAGAUGAACCAGAAGCACAUGAAAACAUUCAUCAAGCAUUAGUGAAGACUGACUCGAUCUAUGAAUCCUUCAAUGGGGCGCUUACCCAUUUAGCAGAAAAUGUAUCAAAUGAUAACUUCAAAGCCAUAGUUUUCUUACCUACAAUAAAACUAACGGAUUGGUUUCAUUCUGUCCUUCAAGGAGCAAGGUAUAAAAAUUUGUAUGGUGACAAAUCGAGAUCGGCGUCGAAAUUUUACAAAUUACAUGGUCAAAUGUCUCAAGCUGCAAGAGAUAGAACUGUCAGAGAAUAUCGUACCACUCCUCGUGGAGUUUUAGUCUGCACUGAUGUUGCUGCUCGUGGAUUAGAUUUGAAAGAUGUUUCUGAAAUUAUUCAAAUGGGACCAAGUAUUUCAAUUGCAGAUUACAUUCACAAAAUUGGUAGAACUGCAAGAGCUGGUAAGAAAGGUAAAGCAAUUAUAUUUCUUUCAAAGUAUGAAAACAAUUUUAAAGAACAGUUACAUAGAGAGAGAGACGUCGAGUUUGCUGAAGAGUUGACGUAUCAGGAUAUUGUUGGAGAGGAAGGUGAUUUAUUCAGGAAAUUUGGGAUUGAUGAAAACGAGGUUGUGGAUUUUAUGGACGGGUUUUUAAACUUCCAUAAACAGCUCAAUUCAAUUUAUAGAUUCCCAAGACAGGAGCUACUUCCUCAAGUCUUCGGGUUUUAUAGAGAACUUGUGCAAGAUCCGAUGGCUAAAUUGGUAACUUCAAAUAUGUUCUUGAAAAAUGCAAUGAACAUAUCUCCACAAGAGGCUACUAAAUACUUCGAAGUACCUGGAGGUAUAAGAUAUACGCAAUCUAAUAACCGUCAGUCUAAAAAAACAUUCUACGGUGGCUCAAAGCAGCGUGGCGGUUACCAAGGUGGCAGUUACAGAGAUCGUAGUAGCAAUGAUCGUGGUGGCUACAGAGACCGUAGCAGCAAUGAUCGUGGUGGAUUCAAUGACCGCAGCGGUGGUUAUAAAUCACGGAACAAGUCAAGAGAUUGGAAAUCGAAAGAUAGCUCGAGUGACAGGUAUUAG